CGGACAGAGGAAAACAAAAACUGGAUCUAGUCCCCGUCUCCCAAAGCUAUUGCUCAAGUUUUAUUUUCUUCACCACCUUGUUGACCCACACGCUCUUUUUUUUUUUUUUUUUUUUUUCUAUUUGUACGCACACGCAUAUUACUAUAAAUCUUUGCAAUCACACUACGGACAAAACCACCACUACUCUUUAUUUUAGAUCUAAAUCGCAGAGGAAAGGAAAAGAAGAGAAGGAUGGCAAUGGAGCCUCGAGGAAGAGGCAGAUCUUUAUCAAAGAUCUGUACGGUACUUUCGUUUCUGUUUCUAAUUCACAGCGCUCACUGCUUUUACCUUCCUGGUGUUGCUCCUGAGGAUUUCGUCAAGGGAGAUGAGUUGAAGGUCAAAGUGAACAAGUUGACCUCUACAAAGACGCAACUUCCUUACUCGUAUUAUUCUCUUCCUUAUUGUCACCCAUCCAAGAUUGUAGACAGUGCAGAGAAUCUUGGGGAAGUGCUACGCGGUGAUCGCAUUGAAAAUUCCCCCUAUGUGUUUAAAAUGCGGGAGCCAAAGAUGUGUAAUGUUCUUUGCCGUGUAAAAUUUGAUGCCAAAACUGUAAAGGAGUUUAAAGAGAAGAUCGAUGACGAGUAUCGGGUCAACAUGAUCCUUGAUAACCUUCCUCUUGUGGUUCCAAGACAGAGGUUGGAUCAGGAAUCUCCUACUAUCUAUCAGCUUGGCUAUCAUGUUGGUCUCAAAGGCCAAUACAGUGGGAGCAAGGAGGAGAGGUAUUUUAUUAACAAUCAUUUGGCAUUCACUGUCAAGUAUCAUAGAGAUUUGCAAACUGACUCUGCAAGAAUUGUUGGAUUUGAAGUUAAACCAUUGAGUGUUAAGCAUGAGUACGAAGGAAAAUGGAAUGAAGAAAAGACACGUCUAAUAACAUGUGAUGCCAAUGCAAAGCACAUAGUUGUCAAUUCCAACACUCCUCAAGAAGUUGAAGAGAAAAAAGAAGUUAUUUUCACAUAUGAUGUAGAAUUCCAGGAGAGUGAUGUGAAGUGGGCAUCUAGAUGGGAUACUUAUCUGUUAAUGAGUGAUGACCAAAUUCACUGGUUCUCAAUUGUCAAUUCAUUGAUGAUUGUUCUGUUUCUUUCGGGCAUGGUGGCGAUGAUUAUGCUACGUACACUUUACCGUGACAUAUCCAAGUACAAUGAACUUGAGACCCAGGAAGAGGCCCAAGAAGAGACUGGAUGGAAGCUUGUUCAUGGAGAUGUUUUUAGGCCCCCAUCAAACUCAGAUUUACUUUGUGUUUAUGUUGGAACAGGAGUUCAGUUUCUUGGGAUGACCCUUGUUACCAUGAUGUUUGCGAUUCUGGGGUUCUUAUCUCCUUCAAACCGAGGUGGUCUAAUGACAGCCAUGCUCUUACUUUAUGUUUUCAUGGGUCUUUUUGCCGGUUAUGCAGCUGCUCGCUUGUAUAAAAUGUUUAAAGGAACAGAAUGGAAGAGAAUUGCUCUCAGAACUGCAAUUAUGUUCCCAGGGAUCGUCUCUGCCAUUUUCUUUGUGUUAAAUGCUCUCAUCUGGGGCCAGAAAUCAUCUGGAGCUGUGCCGUUUGGGACAAUGUUUGCUCUAGUCUUCUUAUGGUUUGGGAUUUCAUUCCCACUCGUGUUUGUGGGAAGUUAUAUUGGGUUCAAGAAGCCAGCAAUUGAGGAUCCUGUGAAAACAAAUAAAAUUCCAAGGCAGAUCCCAGAGCAGGCUUGGUACAUGAACCCAGCCUUCUCAAUUCUAAUUGGAGGAAUACUUCCUUUUGGAGCUGUUUUCAUUGAGCUCUUCUUCAUUCUCACCUCGAUCUGGCUGAAUCAGUUUUACUACAUCUUUGGUUUCCUUUUCCUAGUGUUCAUAAUCCUGCUUGUCACCUGUGCGGAAAUAACCGUAGUGCUCUGCUACUUCCAGUUGUGCAGUGAAGACUAUCUGUGGUGGUGGAGGUCAUACCUUACAUCAGGCUCCUCUGCAUUAUAUCUCUUCCUUUACGCCACAUUUUACUUCUUCACAAAGCUUGAGAUAACAAAGCUGGUGUCUGGGGUUCUAUAUUUUGGAUACAUGCUAAUUGCAUCAUAUGCAUUCUUUGUGCUAACUGGCACUAUCGGAUUUUAUGCCUGCUUUUGGUUCACAAGGCUUAUCUACUCAUCAGUGAAAAUUGAUUGAUUCUGCCCGAAUCAUCUCUUCAUCAGUGAAAGUCUGCCUGCUCCUUUCUCUUCAUCAAAAUGGAGUAAGGUCCAAAGAUAGUAGAUAAUUAUGUUUUUUAGAUGUAAACAUUUUUGCCUAUAUUUGAACGGAUGCAAGAUGAUUAUGAUGUGAUAGUCCCUUUAUUUUACUUACUGUUGAAGCAUGACCUUUUUUUCUUAAAUAUAUAUAUAGAGUGUUGGGAAGCUCUUAAUGCUUCCAUUUCAUCCA